AUGCUGCCGAUGCUUUCCCAGAAUGGCAUUUGCUAUGCUUUCAUAACGAGAUUACCAAAAGACGCUUAUCUGAAUGAGCUGAUAGACUUGAUCCUACUGCAGUGGAAAGCCUAUGAAUUUGCCACCAAGGAAAAAGCCAAUGUAUUCUUGGUAUAUGGAGAACCCCCAUCCUUUCUGGCUUUGAGAAUGCUGCAGUUUCUAGCUCCCUUCAUAGAAAUGCCACCACAGGGUAAAGUAUGGAUUGUUACAUCCCACUGGGAUUUUGCAUCAAUAUCUAUCCAAAAGAUUUGGGAUAUACAAAUCUUCCAUGGCUCCAUAUCCUUCGCCACUCACUCAAAUCAGCCAUUGGGAUUCCAGAGUUACAUUCAGAUGGUAAGGCCUGGCUGGGACAAUGCAGACAAUUUUAUCCAUGACUUCUGGGAACAGGCCUUCAGUUGUUCUUUAAAAAUGCUUGAGGAGCAGGAAGAGUCCCAAGAAUCCUGCACUGGGGAAGAAAAGCUGGAAACCCUUCCUGGAACUCUGUUUGAAAUGGACAUGACUGGCCACAGCUACAAUGUUUACAAUGCUGUCUAUGCUGUGGCACAUGCUUUGCAUGCCGUAUUUAAAUCCAUCUCUAAGCAUAAGCGGGUGGUUCAAGAAAGGAGACUGGCAUUUCAGAAUGUGCAACCAUGGCAGCUCCACCGGUUUUUGAGAAGUGUCUUAUUCAAUAACAGCGCUGGAGACACUGUACAGUUCAAUGAAAAUGGAGAAUUACUUGUUGGUUUUGACAUCACAAACUGGCUGAUGUUCCCCAAUGGCUCAAUGGAGAGAGUUAAAAUCGGAAGUCUCGAUCCUCAAGCUCCUGCAGGCAAAGAGUUAACCAUUAACAACAACCAAAUUGUAUGGCACAGAAGUUUCAAUCAGGUGCCACCCAUUUCUGUGUGCAAUGACAACUGCUAUCCUGGCUACAGAAAGGCAAAGAAAGAAAGAGAAGAGUUUUGCUGCUAUGAUUGUGUUCCAUGCCCGGAAGGAAUGACCUCUCACCAAAAGGAUAUGGAUGCCUGUGUCAAAUGUCCAGAAGACGAGUUUCCCAACAAGCAUCGAAAUCAAUGCAUUCCCAAGGUUCUAACAUACCUGUCUUAUGAAGAACCUUUAGGAAUUAUCUUAUCCAUCUUGUCUAUUUGUUUCACCAUGAGUACAGGUUUAGUUCUUAAAAUAUAUAUGAAUUACAAGGACACUCCCAUAGUCAAAGCCAACAACCGGACCUUGUCAUAUAUCAUACUCGUUUCAAUUCUUCUUUCUUUCCUCUGCUCACUGCUGUUCAUUGGACAGCCUGGGAAAGUGACUUGCAUCCUCCGACAGAUGAUUUUUGGCCUUGUCUUCUCUGUGGCUCUUUCCAGUAUACUGGCAAAAACCAUCACAGUAAUUCUGGCAUUUAUGGCUACUAAACCAGGAUCCAGAAUGAGGCAAUGGGUGGGGAAAAGUCUUGCAAAUUCCAUUCUCCUUUCAGGCUCUGCUAUUCAAGCAGGCAUUUGUUUAGUUUGGCUAAGUACCUAUCCUCCCUUCCCAGAUGUAGACAUGCAUUCACUGCACGAGGAAAUCAUAUUAGAAUGUAACGAGGGUUCCGUUACCAUGUUUUACUGUGUUUUUGGAUAUUUGGACUUCUUGGCCAUUGUCAGCUUUCUUGUAGCUUUCCUAGCUAGAAAGCUGCCGGACAAUUUCAAUGAAACUAAAUUCAUCGCUUUCAGCUUGCUGGUGUUUUGCAGUGUUUGGGUGCUCUUUCUUCCAGUCUACCUGAGCACCAAGGGUAAAUAUAUGGUGGCUGUGGAGGUCUUCUCCAUCUUGUCCUCCAGUGCUGGUUUACUGGGCUGCAUCUUUCUCCCCAAAUGUUAUUGUAUUCUUUUCAGACCUGAGCUGAACAACAAGGAGCUGCUAAUGAGGAGGAAAAUGAAAGCAGAAAUAAGUGUUUCUGUUAGGGGAGCUCAUGGAUUGUGA